CCGGAGAGCGGCGGCAGCCCCGCGGCGCCCGGCCCGGCAGCCGGCGGCGCUCCCCUCCCCUCGGCGGGCGGAGGAGCGCACUCCCCACCCCCGCCGCAGUGGCGGGGUGGGCCCCGGCGAGGCGAUGGCGGACGAGGCGCAGGGCGGCUGGAGCGAGGAGGCGGUGGAUCACUUCCUGAGGUGGCGGCGCAUCGGAGCGAGAGACGGGGCGGCCAUCAGGUGGUUCCACGCCGCCAACGGCAAGGCCCGAGCCGGGGAGGCCGCGAGAAGUGAUGUUCACAUGAUAGAAGCAGAUGUCCUUCUUCGUGGUGGCAAGGGAGGUAAUGGAGACCCUAUCAUGGCUCACCCACCUGAAACAGACAGUGACAACACAUUGCAGGAAUGGCUAAAAGAGAUUGUCAACACAAAUAAAGGCAUCAAGCUGGAUUUUAAGAGUCUAGAAGCCGUACGGCCUUCCUUGGAGCUUCUUGAACAUGUGAAGCAGCAUUUGAGGCGACCUGUUUGGAUCAAUGCGGACAUCCUACCAGGACCUAAUGGAAAUAAUGCUGUAGUGGAUGCAAAAGGGUUCCUUGACACUGUCACUUCAUUUUUCCCAACUGUAACCUUAUCGCUGGGAUGGACAACUGGCUGGCACCCUGACAAACACAAUAAAGGCUAUGAUUGGAUGAUGGUGAAAGAAAUGGCUCGGAUAUGCAAUACUAUUUCCCAGCCUGUAACUUUCCCUGUAAGAGCAGCAUUAGUACGACAGUCAAUAUCUCAGCUGCGUUGGUUGAUGCAACAGUCAGAUAGAUACAGCCUCACUGUUUGGACAGGAAAGGAAGAUCUGUAUUCUGUAGAAGAUUUGCUUUACAUCCGAGAAAACUUUGAUAAAAGUAGGGUUUAUUAUGACAUCUCAGAGCCACAAAAUUCUGAAUUCAAAAAAGCCAUAGGAGUAGAAUAGUAAAUACAAAGCAGGCAAACUCUGACCUUAUAAUACUUAGCUCGUUAAACAUGAAGAUUUCUUGUUCAGGGAAAUGUAUUUUCCUUCCCGAAAGAAUUGUAUAGAAUGCAGCCAUGGUCACUGGAGGUGUUUUUGUAUAACAUUUUAUUGAAUGGCUUCUCAAAUAGAAAUUUCAUGCCUUCUUUAGUAGGUCAGAAUUGUUACUUACUCGUAAUAGGCAUGUUCCCUCUCAUUCACCCAGUGGUGUGUAGUAAAGGCUACUCAUGUUACCUAAAUACACUGGUACUUCUUCCCUGCAAGCAUGUAAAGGGGAGAAUGGCCCCAGGUGAUAGUUGUGGACCAAGGUAGUUUGCUACUAUCUGCUUUUGCGUAAGACAAAAUGUACAGGACACUUAGGCUCUACCAAAGCCUGUUUUUGCUUUUUAUAGGGGAGGGCAAGAGUCAAGACUGUAUUAAAUACACAACUAUGCAGUUCCAAAAGGGGUUAUUUUGUAGCUCAUCUUGAUACACUCCAUUUUUAAUGCCACUGCAAUUGACAAUGUUCUCACUCCUGGUCAACAGAAGAUUCUGUUUGCUAGAUGUGGAGAGUGGGAUCUGUAAUGCUACACAUUCCAGGGAGAAAGAAUGGUUAUUUUUGCUGAAUUAUAACCGAUCAGGUUCUCUGUAACGUGGCAAUUGUGCGUUCCACACCAUGGCUUGCCUCCAUGCUUUCUGAGCCAUCAGCAGCAUAGUCCUUGGAUUGUGAGAAGGCUGAGUUGCAGUUGUAGCUGCACUGCAGGAGGUGCUGGGGCAAACAGAACCCCCAAAAUGAAGAAUAAUCCUGUCCUGUACCUAGAGCACAAAGAUGGAUUACAGUGAGGCGUACAUCAGACAGCAUCAAAAGAGCUAUAGUGUUCUAUAAGAGAGAAGUGCUGGUGGUUCUUUCAAGAGUUUGAAACUAAAUUUUAAGUAUAACAGGAGUUAGGUAAAACGUUCUGCUGCAGUCUUUCUGAAAGCUAGAGGCUCUAAGAAUGAAAUAGCUGUACAGUGAUUAGUGCUUACAGCAAAAAUUGUACAUUUCCUUGUUAGCAGUUAUUUUCUACAUUCUUCUAGUUUGUGCACCUUUUUAAUUCUCAGAAUACAAAUUCACAAAUUUUCAAAAGUUGAACUUCCCUUUGAGAAAAGCUAAAAUCAUUGCAACCCUGCUUAUCACCCUGCAGGAAGAGUCUGACCUGUUUCAUUUGAAGCAUUUUGUGCUGCUUCUGCUUCUACAUCCCUUAAAAUUAAUACAGAUACUGACAUCUGUGCAGAUUGAGACACAAGCUGUGUGUUCUUGCCUUCUGCCAAACAUUACAAAGGCUUUUUUUCGCAGUGACAGAGGAGAUUCUGAUUUCUAAAUGAAAGCUGAUUCUAGGAAGGGACUUGUUCUCCUUUUCCAAUUCUUCUCACAUGCUUCCUGCAGGAAUUGUGUUAAAUUUGAUGUUUUACACAACGCUGGACAGGCUGUUAGUACUAAAGAGUUAAAUACAGCAAUUUUCAGUUCUUACAUAGCAUUAGUACAACUGUGAUAGAAAAGUUAGUUGUAUUUAUUAAUCCUAAAUCUUGAAAUGUGGUGAUUUCGUGCAGUCAUUAAAAUUCAAGAUUCCUGCUUGUUACCUACAUUCCUUCGCCAGGUUUAUCUAAUAAUUGUUUUACAUUCUUGAGGGGUAGAACUUUCAUCAUUUUUGUUACCUACUAAGAUACAAUAUACUUGGAUAAAAUUAGGAAAUAUUUUUCCAAAUAAGGAAAAUAACUAUCUAGUUGGAAUAGUUAAACAGAGUAUUUAAUUUAAUUUACACAAUCAGUCAGUGUGAAUUGCAGUAACCACCAAAAGGUCAAGUUUGGCAGUGUGUUCCUUUUAAUGAAUUGGGAUAAAUUAUGUAUUUUGUAGUUCACUGUGACAACGUGAUCUGAUCUGAACAGAUUUAACCUCUCAAUUCGUUACAGCAUCUCUUUCUUUGAGCUUGGCAUGCACACUUUGCUAUACCAUGGGAGGAAGAGAGAUUAACUGCUUCCUAACUGAUCACAACUAUGGAGAUCAUUUUAAACACUUCAGAGACCCUUUUCUAACCCAGAUCAUUUUGACUAAAACAGGUUCAGGUGCUAUUGCCUGAACAGGUGUGCUAGCACAUCUGAUCACACAGUAUCCUUUUCUGGAUGAUGACCCUUUCACCGAACUCCCCUUCAGGGAGAACAGGAUAUAUGAAUGACCAAAGCUCCAGUUAAACCAAAGUUAUAGACUUUGCUUUGAAUCUAUAGUACAUAAAAUAAACAAGUAGGAAAUACAGUUCAGAGGUUUUUAUUUUCUGGAUUAUACCAUUGAACAAGAAGCACUUAGGGGACAUCAGCCAGCGUUUGGAAUCAAAUGCUACGUAGCUGCAUUAGUCAAAAUGAGUCAGGCAGUGUCUGAAUAACAGAAUUUGCUUUUUAGGGAUGUAAAAGAAGCAACUUCAGGGCACAUCGCUGUAGCCAUGUUCAUUUAUUGAAUGAAAGGUGCCAUUAAAGAGCAUUGAUUUUUUUGUAUUAUUCUUACUGAACACUUUAUUAGUUCUAGGCUUAGUCUAGAUUUCUCUUCAAGAUAUUGCUGGUCAUUCAGAAGCCAUACAUUUAUUUCCAAUAGAUUUAAAGACAAGUAUCUCGUUGUCCUUUUGCUCCACAAUUUAUGUAAACAUUUAGGACUGGAAGGGACUCCUAGAUCUUGUUUCAGCUCCUUAUUGCAGGCAGUUAAAUUUACUGUCCUAAGGGAUUUCGUCUUUCAGUGGGUUAGGCCUUUUUGUGUCCACACUGGCAAACUUUUCUGUUAUUUAGAAACUUUUUCCCACUUACCAAUUCUGACCUGAAGUAUUAGGAUUUGUUAAAACUGGUUAAACUAUUACGUAAAAAAAAUAUCAGUGAUUGCCAGAAGUAUUUUUAAGGGUACAGACUUCAUGGAAGAAAUAUCACCGAGUACUAUAUGUGGAUGUGAAUAAAUGGGGAUAUUCACAUAAAAUUAAAAGAAGACAUGAUCUGGAUUACCAGAAAAAAUUAAUUAAGGUAACAAGACAUGUAAAACUAGAUUAAACAAAAUGCUAGAAAUCAACUCUGUGAAGCAUUCUUGCAGUGACAGAAGGGUUUGACUGUAAGGUGAAUUUGAUUAUUCUGUAUGGAUUAUCCUACAUAUCUGUAUUUCUGUAUGUAUUUUUUAUCCAUGGAUCUCUGUUAGUUUCCUGUGAAGUCAUUUCUGUUGUUCAUGUCAGUCUGGGCUGACUUCCAUGUAAAUAAAUUCAUUUGAAUUUG